AAAAAUUUAACUAAAAUUUACUACUAGUGUAAAAAUGUUGGCCAUUUACAAAGAUUUCUGUGUUUUCUAUUUAAUGUGCACCUUUUGCUUUGGCAUAUUGGAUUUUGCCUAUAGCCGCCAUAACUGCGAUUUGCUUUGCUGGCGUGAGCUCGUUAGCUCAACUGAUAAACCUUUGCUGGUUCUGCUGCUCUUAGGGGGCACUAAAAUAUUGUUAAUAUUGCUAUUAACGCUGCUUAGCUAUGCAGACGAACCGAGUAUCUCGAGCCCAAGGAUUGAGCCCUCCAUAGCGUCGAUAAAGCGUCGCUAUUGUCGCUUUAUUUUAAUGCGCCUGCUGGAGGCGCGCAGGAAGUCGCUGCUGCUGAAAGAAGCAGACAUAGUGCAAGGACAUGCUAGACUACAGCAGGCCAUAGCAAUAUUUAGACGAGAUGCACGCAAGUUGAACGAACGCACAGAUCUGCAGCUGUUGAUGCCAUUGCAACAAGUGUUGCAUGUGGAUGAGAUAGAGGAGUGGCAGCUGCUUAGAAGGUUCAAGGAAUACGCUCGAGUGCGUGAGGUGGAUCUUUAUAGAUUGGUGCGGGCUAAUCCUUGAAGUCAGAUUUAAUUUGAUUUUGAAUUGUAUAGUAAAUAACACGGCUAAAUUUUAUUAAAGCUAAAAGUUAA